CCGACCACCACCAUCARCAGUCAGCUGCAUACAUUGAAGACCGAGGUCCAGUAGCUGCAGACGACGAACGCGGAUGGCAACCCGAAGAUGUAUAAGAUGCCAAAUUUCAAUCAGGAGAGUUUCGACGACUACACGCAGCAGGAUCCGGUCCUCUGGUGGGAAGCAUUCACAACGCAACUCAGGAUUCUGCCCGUAGCCAAGCAUGCGUAUAUCGGUGCCCUGUUCCUGAACUCAAAGGGUGGAUGCCAGACCUGGUUGAGCCACCUGGCAACCUCCCACGGUGUCAACGUACUAGACUUGAAGGAAAAAAUCACAUGGGAGGAACUGACACGGUUGUGGAAGAAGCGGUUCAUCGUCGACGACGCGCCGACACUCGCCAUCAACCGUCUGUUCACCAUGUCACAAGGCAACACUACAACACGGGAUUGGCUCACAGAGUGGCAGAAGAUUGCGGCAAUGCCCAAUCUGGAUCUGCCUUUCACUCAUCUCAGACGUGAGUUCUACAACAGGUCCUGUGCUGCAUUGAGCCAGGCUCUUGGUGAUCGUGAGCAGUACUCCACUUUCGCCGAGAUUAUCGACAAGGCGAGAGAGAUCAUCAAGACCAACAGGUUAGCUGCACACGAGAAGUCACCAUGGCAGCCGACCUAUGUGGAGAAGGUACAAACUGGUCCGCGACAGCAGCACUUCGCUGCAGUCCAGCAGGACAGUGGAGAUAACCCAGCAGCCACUCCAGCAUCAAGUGACGGAGAUCAGGUAGCUGUUGUCCAGCCGCGAAGCAACAACAAGUCCCGCAACAAUGGGAAGGCAAAAUCCGCAUCGCAGUCCGGAAAUGGACAGCCAAUACAAGUUCCAUGGGUCAAGUUUGGCUUGACGGAGGCGAAGUACAAGGUCCGCGGCCGCUACGGCAGCUGCUACAGGUGCAACAGCACCAAGCACAAGAUCUCCCUAUGCCAAGAUCAGGGCAAGGAGGAUGUGCGACCCCGCCUCAGCUCGGGAAACUGAGCUCCGUGGAAGCCCGUUGUAGGCAUUUUCAUUCCGUCAGAUCUUCUUCUAAGUAUGCUCUGAGUAAAAUUGUCACUGUAAA